AUCUAUGGAAAGUGGGUGCUGCACGUCGGCUCGUGGGACAAACCGGGCCUGAAGAGUGACCUGCUGUCGGUGAACAGCUCCUGGGUCGAAUUGUCGCCAUCCUCGGACAGCGGGGUCAUCACCAUCUACUGGGCUGACCGCCUCAAAGACGACAAGUGCCUUCAUGGUCCUGCCAAUGCCACCAUUUCAGGAACGACCAGUCACACCACUUUUAUCAUCAAUGGCCACACUUCCUAUCAUGAUGGAAAAUAUUACGAGACCUGCAGUGAUUGUCUCCUGUCUGAGGACACAACUCUCCUCCCAGACGGCAAGUCAAAAGGACGAUACCUGUUCCUCUUCACACGGACUGGUUCUCUGGAGCCAUCCGAGCUGGACGUCUUCAAAAAGCAGGCAGAAUGUCUCGAGUUUCUCCCAGAGUACCACUUUGGAAGCACACAUCUGUGUCCAGACGAGAGGGAAUCAUCUGCUGUCAAGAACACAGAGAGUGACCAAACUGAAACUGAGGAGGAAAAAGAAGACACGGCUCAGUAAAACCAUCUCUAACCACACUGUGCUGCAAAGUAACGUCUCAUUUCUGAGUCAGAUUUUUGUAGCAACAGACUUCAAAGGCCUCUGGUUGUCAUGUCAUUAAUUCAACACCACGUAGUUUAACCUCUUAUUAAAAUUACUUCAGUAAUAUGUGUAUGCAGCUGUUUUCCACUUGUUGUUUGUGGUAAAUAAAAACAGUUCUUAAUCCCUC